GAUAUUAUUGUAAUUUGUUUGCUAAUAAUCCAUGUUUGAUCAAAACAUUUAAUCAUGGGGCAAAAUGAACGGCUCCUUUAACCUAUUCGAUUCGGCUGUUCAAAAUGUUCGUUCCCAAAUGACUCAUCACUAGUCAACAGUGGUGGCGCGAGUUGUUGCGCGGCCACCCGUUUCCUCAAGUAGAAAAGUCCUAAUUAUGGCUUCCCUGGGCAAAAGAAAACGAAUAAGUAACGUAAAGAACACACAAUCUUCAAAUAAUGAAGCAUGUUCUUCAUAUGCUACUCAAACUGACCCGCAUGAUGGUCAAGAUGGCAAAGAGACUGGAUUCGUCAAAGGAUCAAUACUUCGAAUCACAAUGCAUAACUUCCUAACCUAUGAUCACUCUAUUGUUUACCCUGGGCCGAACCUGAAUAUGAUCGUGGGAGCCAAUGGAACUGGGAAGUCCAGUAUUGUCUGUGCCAUAUGUCUGGGUCUGGGAGGAAAGACUGCCAUCCUGGGCCGAGGAGACAAGGUUGGGCUUUAUGUGAAGAGAGGAUGCAACAAAGGAUCAAUUGAGAUUGAAUUGUACAAGCCUAGGGGUAACCUAGUGAUCAACAGAGAGAUCCACGUGGAGAAUAACCAGUCAGUGUGGAUGCUGAAUGGGAGACACUCAAGCCAGAAGGCUGUGGAGGAGGAGGUUAAGGCGCUACAGAUCCAAGUGAGCAACCUCUGCCAGUUUCUGCCACAGGAGAAGGUGGGGGAGUUUGCCAAGAUGUCAAAGACUGAGCUUCUAGAGGCCACAGAGAAGUCUGUGGGUCCUCCAGAGAUGUACGAAUUCCACUGUGAGCUAAAAACAUUCCGCACCAAGGAGAGGGAACUGGAGAAUGUGUGCAAAGAGAAGGCCAGUGCUCUGGAGAAGUUUAAGCAGAGGAAUGAACGGAACAAGCACGACGUGAAGCGCUACUACGAGAAGAAGAGACACCUGGACAUGAUCGAGAUGCUGGAGAAGAAGAAACCCUGGGUGGAGUAUGAAACGGCCCGUAUGGAGCUGGAGGGGGUGAAAAAGGAGAGGGAAGAUGCCAAGAAGCAGCUGAAAACGUUGAGGGAGUCCCAGGCCCCAAUGCUGAAGAAGAUCCAGCACAUAGACAGCCAGCUGAGGCCUAUCGAGAACCAGAUGAAGGAAAAGACGGCCAGGAUCAAGGAGGCCUCUCAGAAGUGUAAACAGAAACAGGACCACCUGGACCGCAAGCACAGAGAGAUUGAGGACAUCAAGCAGGCCUUCAGCCUAAAGCAGACGGAAGAGGCGGACCGGCAGAAGCGAAUCAGUAACACCCGGCGCAUGAUUGAUGACUUGCGGGCCGAGCUGUCCAACAUAGGCGACGUGUCAGAUGUGACUCCGCAGAUUGAUGCUGUGAACAGCGAGAUCAAGCGCAUCCAGGCGGAGAAAGCCGAGAUAGAGGGAGAGAAUACCGACCUGAGCAGGGAGAAGGACAACUUGAUGGCAGAGUGUGCAUUGUUGAAGAACCAGCUCAGGAGUCUGGAUGACAUGAUGAAGAUCAAAGAAGCCAAGCUGAGAGGGCGCUCCAGGGACACCUACAGUGCCAUUCAGUGGCUGCGGCAAAACAAAAACCUCUUCAGUGGCAAUGUCUAUGAACCCAUGAUGCUAGUGAUCAGUGUCCGCAACCCUGAACAUGCCAAGUAUGUGGAGAACCACAUUCCUUUCAAUGACCUGCGGGCCUUUGUCUUCCAAAAGAGGGAGGACAUGGAGAAGUUCAUGGCAGAGGUGCGUGACAAACAAAACCUGAAGGUGAAUGCAGUGUUCGCUCCAGACGGGUCCGGUGCCACACGGAUCCCCUCACGGCCCAUUGAGUCGCUCGAGCGUUUUGGGUUCUUUGCAUACCUGCGGGAGCUCUUUGACGCUCCUGAAGAGGUUAUGAGCUACCUCUGCAACCAGUACAAGGUCCACGAUGUUCCCGUGGGAACGGAUAGAACCAAAGCCAUGAUCAAGACGGUGAUUGAGGAGCCCUACCUGAAGGUGCUUUAUACAGCUGAGGAAAAGUACUCCCUGAAGAAGUCUCUUUACUCGGGCAAAAUCAGCACCAGUAACUCUGCCGUGCGUCCCUCCCAGUAUCUCACCAUGGCGGUCGAUGCAGAGGACAAACGUCAGAAGGAGUUGCAAAUCAAGGCUGCUGAGAAGAGUAUGCAGGCCAUUGAUUCCCGGAUGAGUACCAUGCGGGAGUCUGUCCUGAAGCUGGAUCGGCGUGACAAUGAGCUGAAGGCCAAGAAAAAGGAGCUGUCGGAGCUGAAGGGCAAAAAGAGACAGCUUGAACAGAAGAUCAGCGCCAAGCAGGACAGUCUUCGACAGAUGGAGCAGGGAGGCAUUGACCUACAAAAGGCUGAGGAAGAGACCAAGACCCAGAUCUCAGCAGUUAACUCCCAGAAGGUCGCCAUCGUGGCUGAGUUUAUGACCCAUAUGAAGCUCAGGGCUAAGUUGAGUAUGGAGAAGGUGUACACGGCUCUAGAGACAAUGGGUUUGACUGCCGAGAAGACCAAGCUGGAGAACGACUGCAGGGAAGGCUCAGCAGAGCUCAGAGUUCUAGAGCAAGCAUGUGCAAAGCUGGACCAGCGUAAGGCCCGCCUGUUGGAGACGUGUAAGGGCCUGAUGAGGACGGCCAGGGAAAUUUGUAAAAUGGACCCAGGAGAGAGCGCUGUACCCCAAGACCUACACACGGCUUUCUGCCAGCUGCCUGACACUCUAGAUGAGAUAGACUCCAUGUUGAAUGAGGAGAGGUCCAGAGCCGAGUGCUUCACUGGCCUCAGUGAGAAUGUGGUAGAUGAGUACAACAAGAGAGAGCAAGAGAUAAAGAACCUUGAGAAAGAGCUGGAUGACAAAAAUAAGGCCUUGGACACCUAUAGACGGAACAUAUCAGAGGCUAAAGAGCGCUGGCUAAACCCUCUGAAGCAACUGGUAGAGCAGAUCAAUGUUAAGUUCAGCGAUUUCUUCUGCUCCAUGCAGUGCGCCGGGGAGGUGGACCUGCACUCAGAAAACGAGGAGGAGUAUGAUAAGUACGGGAUCCGGAUCCGGGUGAAAUUCCGCAGCAACACGCAGCUCCACGAGCUCACCGCCCAUCACCAGAGUGGCGGUGAGCGCAGCGUGUCCACCAUGCUCUACCUCAUGGCCCUCCAAGAGCUGAAUCGCUGCCCCUUCCGGGUGGUGGACGAGAUCAACCAGGGUAUGGACCCAGUCAAUGAGAGGAGAGUCUUUGACAUUGUGGUACGGACAGCUUGCAAGGAGACAACCUCCCAGUACUUCUUCAUCACACCCAAGCUGUUGCAGAACCUCCAGUAUGCAGAUGAGAUGACCGUCCUGUGUGUCCACAAUGGACCUCACAUGCUGCCCCCCUACAAGUGGGAUGAGAAGGGAUUCAUUAGACGUUGCCUCCGCCGCAAAGGCAAACAGUGAAGGAGGAGUUGAGUCAUCAGCCAGUGCUUUUCUGAGGGAGAAUCUCUUGCAUCCUCCUAAUUUCCUCAAGGACUUACUAAAAGGUUUAUUAAGUUGAGAUUCUCCCAGAGUUCUCCGCCAUCUAGUGCCAAAAUUCUUAUGUACAGGCCCAAUCUGUUGGAUAUUAUGCUGUGGUCCCGCUAACACUGUUUGUUAGUUGUUUUUAUGUACUCAUUUCAAAUUAAUAAAUGUUUUGUAUAUAA